UCUGUGAUCCUGCGAUAGACACCCUCGAAUGUUUGCAGCACGUUCAUGCGGAAUGCAAGUGUAGCAACACUGCGGACAAUCCACAACCAUGAAAAUACAAAGGAUUUUCAUCUAUCCUGUAAAGUCAUUGCGACCGGUUGAAGUCACGCAGACCGAGAUCACGAAUGAAGGCUUGCGCUUCGACAGGCAGUAUGUGCUCGUCAAGCCACCGACGGAUUCGCAACCACUAGCGGAACACAUCACCAUUAAGUGGCGCUUCGAUCUUGGUCUCUUCCAUACGGCCAUCGAUCGGUCGUGGUCGAAGUUGACUAUCACACAUGCCCAAGCACGGGAGAACCGGACGUUUACCGUCCCACUUUCGCCUUCGCCAUUGGCCUUGAUUAAUGCGCCCGUACACGAGGUCAGCAUAUUCGGCACUAAAGCACCAGGUAUCGAUAUGGGCGAUGCCGUCGCGAACUAUUUCAGCUACCAUCUCAAUAUGCCUACCAGACUGCUCUACAUUGGUGGCAAAGGCCAACGAGAGAUCCCAGGCUUGGCCUACGCCCCGAAGCAUUACCGCGCACUCUCCAUUUCUGUCAACGACACGCUGCAGCCGCAAAGGAUUCGCUUCGCAGAUGCAGCACCCUUACUCAUCACCUCCACCGCCUCGGAGAACGACGCUCGCGCAAGGCUCCCUCGUACCGCGCAGGACGAAGAUGUCAUAGUACGAUUCAGGCCUAAUAUUCAUGUCGACGUUGGCAAUGAAGCCGGCCCAUACGACGAGGACAGCUGGGGCAUGCUGAUCAUACACUCGCAGACCGAUCCGGAUCAGGAAGUUUCAGUUCGCUGUUUGUUUCGCACCGUCCGCUGCCUGAGCCUAAAUGCAGACCUGACGAAGGGUGGCAUGAUUGCAACGAACAGGCAACUAUAUGGACUGUUGGCGAAAGACAGGCGCACUAACGAGCAGUUUCCGCACAAACCUGUCUUCGGGCAGUAUGCAUGUGCUGGACCGAGUGGCGCCAUUCUCCGUGUUGGAGACGAGGUCGAAGUGACAGAAAGGGUCAGUCGCUCGAACACGCCCAUUAUACCGGCGUCGCCAGACCAUGAUACAAGAAUUGGCUGAUAGCUCAAGAUCUCCACGGAUCAUGAUUAAACCGGCAGGCUGUGGCGGUGCUUGUAAGCCGGGUCACCCGAACCGGACAAACACAACACAAAGCGAAUCUCAUUUUCGCAUCGG